AUGGCUCCUACACUUGCACUUCGGUUUCUUUCUCUCGCCCUUUUGGUCUUUAUGAAUGGAUGCGGCAUCCAUGGGAGAGAAAUGAAGGUAGAGAUGGGAGAUGAGAGACAAGUGGACUCGUACAAAGCCUCACCAGGGUCCAACGAUAAGAGUUACCUCACCGGAUACAGAACCUCUUCAAAACCCACUCAAUCUAAUUACAUAGAAACUCAUGCCCAUGAAACCAAUCAACCUUUCAUUGUCUAUAGCUCAAACCAUGCCAAAAAUCCUCCAAAAGAGUCAUCCAAUGAUGACACCGCUCACCCUUAUAUCACCCAAUACCUCACAACCGGUUCCAAGAAAAACGCAAUGGGGCCCGAGAGACAAGUGGAUUCGUACGAAGCCUCACCAGUGUCCAAUGAUAAGAGUUACCUCAUCGGAUACAGAACCCACUCAAAACCCACUCUAUCUAAUUACAUAGCUUCAUAUACUGUUCCCAAACACAAGCAUCCAUCACACCACGAAAACCUCAAUCAAUAUGGAACCAAUAAUCAAUAUGGAACUAGUGCUGCCUCCAAAGCCAAUCAACCUUACAUAGCCCAGUAUGGGGACCGCACCCAUGAUUCCAAUGCACCUUACGUAGUUGGCUACAUAAAGACUCCUGCCCAUGAAACCAGUCAACUACCUUUCAUUCUCCACAAUUCUAACCAUGUUAUAUCUGAUGCCAAAAAUGCUCCUGAAGAGUCAUCCCAUGAUGACACCGCUCACCCUUAUAUGACCCAAUACGGUACAACCGGUUCCAAAAAAAACGCAAUGGAGUCCCGUAUAGAGGCUUUCAAGGUAGGGUUUUUUGCCUUGGAUGAUCUUUAUGUUGGGAAUGUGAUGACCCUUCAAUUUCCCGUGCAAGAGGUUUCCCACUUCUUACCAAGAAAAGAAGCCGAUUCUAUUCCUUUCUCAACAUCACAACUCCCAAGUCUUUUUCAACUCUUCUCAAUCCCUCAAGACUCUCCUCAAGCCAAUGCCAUGAGAGGCACGCUUGAACAAUGUGAAGCAGAAACCAUCACGGGGGAGACCAAGACUUGUGUUACCUCUUUAGAGUCCAUGCUAGAAUUCGUUGCCAACAUCAUUGGUUCAGAACCAAAGUACAACAUUCUCACGACCACCUACCCCACACCCUCAAGUAUCCCUCUACAAAAAUACACCAUUUUGGAAGUAUCACAAGAUAUCAAUGCUCCAAAAUGGGUAGCUUGCCAUCCCCUUCCUUACCCCUAUGCUGUUUACUAUUGCCACUUCAUAGCCACAGGGAGUAAGGUGUUCGAGGUCACACUAGGUGGUGAGAGUGGAGACAAUAAAAUUGAAGCUCUUGGAAUUUGCCACUUGGACACAUCUGAUUGGAGCCCAGAUCACAUUCUGUUUAAGCAGCUUGGGUUCAAGCCUGGGGAGGCUCCAGUGUGCCACUUCUUCCCUGUGAAUCAUCUUAUGUGGGUUCAAAAAUCUUCAGAAGCCACCAUGUGA